ACUAAAGAUUAAGAGGGUGACAAAGAGGCGGCUGCUUACACAGCGCCUGCCUAAGCCGCCUUGAAGAGAGCAAGGCAAGAGCCCCGCUGCCCGCAGAGCUGCCCGAGCACCCACCGCCUCGCCAGACUCACCGCGCUGGAUCCAGAGGGACAGGACAGGGAGAGGUCGGGAACGCCGGGUCGGGGAUGGCUGCGUCCCCGGCGGGGUCAGUGGUGAGCGCCGGGCUGGACGAGAGCCCCACGGGGCUGAGCCCGGCCCCGGGCAAGGCGCUGAGCCCGGUGCUGCUGUGCAAGGUGUGCGGGGACACCAGCAGUGGGAAGCACUACGGCAUCUACGCCUGCAACGGCUGCAGCGGCUUCUUCAAGCGCAGCGUCCGCAGGAAGCUCAUCUACAGGUGCCAGGCGGGGACGGGGCUGUGCCCGGUGGACAAGGCACAUCGCAACCAGUGCCAGGCCUGCCGGCUCAAGAAGUGCCUGCAGGCUGGCAUGAACAAGGACGCCGUGCAGAACGAGCGCCAGCCCCGUAGCACAGCCCAGGUCCGGCUGGACAGCAUUGAGCUGGAUGCUGAGCUGCCCCCAGAGCACGUGGCCACCACACGUGAGGUGCCCCCAUCACCCUGUCCCGCUCCUCGUGGCCCUGGUGCCACUGUCACUGUCACCCCGGGUCCACGGGCGCCCACACCACCCACCAACCAUCGCUUCAUGGCCAGCCUCAUGACGGCCGAGACCUGCGCCAAGCUGGAGCCUGAGGACGCCGAUGAGACGGUGGAUGUGACGGGCAGUGAGCCGGAGCGGGCGACCGGCGAGUACCAGGUGGCACCAUACCCAGCAGCCAGCCCCGAGAACAUCUACGAGACCUCUGCACGGCUCCUCUUCAUGGCUGUGAAGUGGGCCAAGAACCUGCCCGUCUUCUCCAACCUGCCCUUCCGUGACCAGGUGGGGUUGGGGGAUCCCCAUGGGGAACUGGGGAUUCCCCUAUGGGGCAACAGGGACCCCAAAAUAUGUAGGCAGCCAGUGGGCUGUGGAUGGCUGGAGCAUCUCCACAACAUUCUUGGGGCACCCCCAGAGAAGAUGCUCUUCAGCUCAACCAGCUGUGGUGGCUGGAGGUGCUGGAGGCCUUGGGGGUUAAGGUGGUUUUGGGGCUCUCCCUGCUCUCACCAGGUGAUCCUGCUGGAGGAAGCAUGGAGCGAGCUGUUCCUGCUCUGUGCCAUCCAGUGGUCCAUGCCCCUGGAGAGCUGCCCGCUGCUGGCUGUCCCCGAGCCAGCCCCUGGGAAGCUGCUGCCGGCUGCCCUGGACGUCCGGGCGCUGCAGGAGACCCUCGGCCGCUUCAAGGCGCUGGCCGUCGACCCCACCGAGUUUGCCUGCAUGAAGGCUGUGGUGCUCUUCAAACCAGAGACCCGUGGCCUGAAGGACCCCGAGCAGGUGGAGAACCUGCAGGACCAGUCGCAGGUGAUGCUGGGCCAGCACAACCGUUCCCACUAUCCCGGGCAACCCGUCAGGUACCGCUGUCCCCAGGUCCCCACAGGUGACACCAGGGGAGGGACACUCACCCAUGGCCACCACUCUGUCCCCAGGUUCGGGAAGCUGCUGCUGCUCCUCCCGGCGCUGCGCUUCAUCUCCUCGGAGCGCGUGGAGCUGCUCUUCUUCCGCCGGACCAUUGGCAACACCCCCAUGGAGAAGUUGCUGUGUGACAUGUUCAAGAACUGACAUUCCCACCCAGCUGUCACCUGGCUUGUUUGCCCCCUUGCACUGGCACCCUCUCACCCUCACCCUGGAUCUCCUCACCCUGGGGUGUGAAGGGGCCCAUGGUCCCAUCUCCAGGGAGGUGGCCAGGACUGUGGGAUGCCCCCAGCAGCUGGGACCAGCUUCACUGGUGGCAGGGAAAUGUCCCUGAGUGCCCAACACACUGGGAGCACCUCACAGGGGUGGGGGCUCGAUGGUGCCACUGUCCCAGAUGCUGGAGGAACCCAGGGAAGGCACCCUCGGCACCAUGGGAACCCACUGCCACCUGAGGGGGUCACUGGCCUGGGGGACACUCACCCAGGGAUGAAGCCAACCUGAGGGUGACAACAGCCAGGGGUGACACUGGCCAGGGGUGAUACCAGCCUGAGGGUGACACAGGACCAAGGGUGGUGCCAGCCUGGAGGUGACACAAGACCGGUGCCACUGGCCAGGGAUGAUGGCAGCCUAGAGGUGACACUGGCCACAGGGGUGAUGGACACCCUGGGCAUGACUCUGGUCUGGGGGUGACAAGGGCUGGGGAUGAUGGACAUACAUGACAUUGGCUGGGGGUGACACCAAACCAGCAUGACCCCAGUCUAGAGGUGACACUGUCCAGGGGUCACCCAGCCCAGGGUGAUGCCAGCCCAGGGGUGACAUUGGCCAGGGGUGAUGGACACCCUAGGGGUGACCCCAGUCCUGGGGUGACCCCAUCCCAGAGGUGACCCCAGCCUGGGGGUGACACUGGUCAGGGGGUGACGCCAUCCUGGGCUGCAGGGCCCUCCUGCCACCACCUCACUCCUCGCCGUGUCCCGGGGGGGCUCCCGCUUAUGUCCCCCUCAUUUUCUACUUGGAAUAAAGAGGAUCUUUGCA